CUCGUUUUUCGGGCGCUUGUCGCUCCGGUUCACUCGAGCAAAACAUCGCUACGCAGAGGCUUGGAUAAAAUGUAACCUUCAACUAUGGCUGUUUGGAGUUGUGUAUUUUUUAACGCUGUCGAGGCCUUGUGUUUGUCCUGCUAACGAGAGCCAAUGAUUCAGCUGGAGAAACCGCUGCUGACUGGGACCAUGCCGGUGGUCUGGCCCACCAUCCUUGACCUGGGCAGGGAUGAGUGCAAAAGGAUACUGCGCAAACUGGAGCUGGAGGCGUACGCCGGCGUCAUCAGCGCCCUGCGAGCCCAGGGAGACCUCACUAAGGACAAGAAGGAUCUGCUGGGAGAGCUCACCAAAAUCCUUGGCAUCUCAACCGAGCGCCACCGCGCCGAAGUGCGCCGCGCCGUCAACGACGAGCGCCUUUGCACCGUCGCGUACCACAUGGCGGGUCAGAACAGCUCGUCCGAAUGGUCCAUCGAGGGCCGGCGGCUGGUGCCGCUGAUGCCCCGGCUGGUCCCGCAGACGGCCUUCACCGCCACUGCCAACGCGGUGGCCAGCGCCGCCGCCACUCACAACGCCUCCAUGCUGUUGCCGGCUGAGACGGGGAACAAGGAAGUGGUCGUGUGUUACUCCUACACGAGCACGACGGGCACCUCCAGCAGCUCCACGGCAACGAGCGGCGCGGCGGCAACGGCCACCAAGUCCCCGCGGCCACCCAGCCCCUCGUCCAGCGUGGUGGUGCUGCCCAGCGGAAGCACCGUCUACGUCAAAAGCGUGAGCUGCUCCGAUGAGGACGAGAAGCCGCGCAAGCGCCGGCGCACCAACUCGUCCGGCUCGUCGCCGGUGCUGCUGAAGGAGGCGGCCAAGGUGUCGUCGCCCGCCGCCAAGCACGUAGCGGCGGCGCCGGUGGUGAGCGGCAGCCCCAAGAUGAGCAACCUCAUGCAGAGCAUCGCCAACUCGCUGCCGCCGCACCUGUCGCCCGUCAAGAUCACCUUCACCAAGCCCACCAUUCAGACCACCAGCAGCAGCACGCAAAAGGUGAUCAUCGUGACCACGUCGCCCAGCUCCAACUUUGUGCCCAACAUCCUGUCCAAGUCGCACAACAACGCCGGCGUGUCCAAGUUGGCCUCCAGCUCCAUCCUGACCACGCCCACCCACAAGCAGACGGUGGUCUUCCCGGCGGCCACUUGCGGCCCCUCGGCCGCGCCGGCCGUCACCGCCGUGGUCUCCUCCUCGCCCUCGGCCGUCAUGUCCGCCGUGUCCUCGUGCGCCGCCUCGGCGGGCGUGAAAGUGGCCUCGGCCAGGCUGCCCUCCCCGAAGACCCUGGCGGGCUCCCCGGCGCAGAUCCUGGGCCAGUUCCCCAAGCAGCAGUCGCCCAAGCAACUGCAGGCGUCGUCCAUGGGGGCUUCCGGCGUGGGCCAGGCCGGCGCCGCCGCCUCGCCGGGCCCCAAGCCCACGAUUCAGAUCAAGCAAGAGUCUGGGGUGAAGAUCAUCACUCAGCAGGUGCAGCCCAGCAAAAUCCUGCCCAAGCCGUCGGCGGCGGCGGCUCUGUCCGGCGGCGGCGGCGCCGGAGGCAGCAGCUCCUCGCCCAUCAUGGUGGUCAGCAGCAACGGAGCCAUCAUGACCACCAAGCUGGUCACUCAGCCCACAGCCACCCAGGCCACCUACACGCGGCCCGCCGUGGCCCCCAACCUGGGCGCCCGCAUCUCGGCCUCGGCCGGCGCCGCCACCUACGUCAAGACCACGAGCGGCAGCAUCAUCACGGUGGUGCCCAAGUCCUUGGCCACGCUGGGCGGGAAGAUCAUCAGCAGCAACAUGGUGUCGGGCACCACCACAAAGAUCACCACCAUCCCCAUGUCGUCCAAACCCAACGUGAUCGUGGUGCAGAAGACCAGCGGCAAAGGGGCCACCAUCCAAGGGCUGCCCGGCAAGAACGUGGUCACCACCUUGUUGAACGCGGGGGGAGAGAAGAGCCUGCAGGCCGUCCCGGGGACCAAACCGGCCAUCAUCACCGCCGGCAGGCCCAUCACCAAGAUGAUCGUCACGCAGCCCAAAGGCCUGAGCGCCGGCGCCGCCUCCGCCGCCGCCACCAAGAUCAUCCCCACCAAGAUCGUCUACGGCCAGCAGGGCAAGACGCAGGUGCUCAUCAAGCCCAAGCCGGUGUACCAGACGGCCGUGGUGAGCGAACAGACCCGGCAGCUGGUCAGCGAGACCCUGCAGCAGGUCACCCGCUCGGUCGACGCGGCCCACGUUAGCGCUCAAGACGGCGGCGCGAAGGACGAGUGCGGCGCCCUCGCGGAAAGCUCGGCCGGGGAAGCGUCGCACGAGACGCAGGCGGUGCUGCACGUGCUGUCCUCCCGCGAGCAGGAGUGGACGGAGCAGGAGGUGUCGGUGGAGUCGGCCCCGACCAUCAUCUACCAGGAGGUGACCGCCGCCGAAUCCCAGUCCGCCGCGUCCACCAUUAAAGCUCUGCUGGAGCUGCAGCAGACCUCAGUGAAGGAGAAGGGCGAGUCCAAAGCCAGGCAGCACGCGCACAUCGACCUGAGCCAGAUGGCCGUGCCCAUCCAGCUGGCGCAGGAGAAGAGGAGCGGCCCGGAGUCGUCGCGGCCGCCCGGCGGCGAGCCCCAAGCGGGCGCCGCCCCGCCGCCCGCUAAAGUGAGCCGGACGACAACGGAGGAGCGUGCGGCCGCGUCCCCCGCCGCCCCCUACAAAAGCGUCGGCCAGGUCCCCGUGGCAAACAAGCCGGUCGACGCCACGCCCGUAACCGCGGUGACGCACGUCAGCCACAGGCCUUCCGAUGGUAAAAGCGAGUCCGCGUUGGAGGCGAGCGAGCUGGAAGGCGACACGCUGGACCCUCAGACAGGCUUGUUUUACCGCUCCAGCAACCAGACGGACGCCCCCAAGCAAGCCCCCCACGCCGCUCCUCAGCUCACGGCUGCCAGCCACCCAGAAGGCACCACUCCACCUCUUCCUCCUCUUCCUCCUCCUCCUCAUCCUCCCCAGCUGCAGAGUAAACCUCAGCUCAGCCAGGCUCCGCCCCCCUCCUCUCCCUCGCCCUCCUCUUCGUCCUCACCGGCCAAGAAGCUCCCCAAACUGAGAGAGCAGAGUCCGGCCAAGCCUCAGGGUGCCGCCCCCUCGCUCGUCACGCCGCAGCUGCCCAAACUACAGCAGGCGCCCACGUCGCACCACAGGCCGCUGCACGCGCCCAUGUCGCACCCGCCGCCGCUGCAGGCGCACCACCCCAUUGGCGCCGACAAGGCCGCGCCGGUACAGCAGCCAAUCAUCACGCAGAGCGCCACCGUCACCAAAAUCACCUUCGGCGGCAUCCACCAGCAGCAGGCCGGCCACGCGCCGCCCGUCCCGAGCGACGAUGCCGAGCUGGCGGGCCAGCCGGGCUCGGGGCCGGCGCUGGACGAGGAGGCGUCCGUGUCCGACAUCCUGAAGAUCUCCAUGAUGGAGGCCCAGAUCGACCCCGGCACCGAGCCCGUGCUGGUGGACUCGUCCGGCGAGCGGCCCUCCCAGGCGCAGGCCCUGGAGGCCAAGCGAGCGGCGGCCCAACACUUUGCCAAAGAGCGCCUGGAGGUGAUCCAGGUGAUCCCUCAGUACUCGAUCGUGCCGGACUCGAGCCAGUCCAACGUGGUGGUGGAGCCCAGCGGCUUCCUGGAGAUCACCAACUACACCAGCCAACAGCUGGAUGACGACGACGGCCCCGCCGAGCACGACGUGGACAGUGGUAACGACGCCGGCCCCCCCACGCCCUAGAACGGACCCCGCCCCGUCCAGCUUGAUGUACCCACUUUGUAACGGGGUACGUUGGACUUUUCUAGCCACUUUGAACUCUUCUCUCUCUCUCGCUCGCGCACGGAUUUUUAAUAGGAGUGACAAUGGAUCAAAAUAGUGUCGCAAAAGAAGGAAUUGAUGUACCGUUUUUUUUUGUAAGAUACAAUACCAAGAAGUCAUCUUAGUGUUUCAGUUUUUCCUUUUGUACCUUUUCAAAGUUGUCCACAGGAUUUGUGUACUCUCCAAAAUAAAGGAUCCCACUCGAAAACGUUUGUGUCACUGGUGAAGAGGAAAAAUUUGGGCGACGGGAGGUCAAGAACGCACAAAAAUGCGCUCAUUUUGCUGUAUUGAUGUCAAAGCCUGUUGUUCAUUGCAAACAUUUAUUAUCAUUUCUUCUUCUUACACGUUUAUGAUGCAAACCACACCGCCGCCGCCACCACCAGCCUUGCUUUUGGAAUGCAGUCGCCACCCGAUGCUGGAAUGAAGAGACACAAGGGAACUGGACAUGUGUGCUAAUAUCCCCCCCAUCACCCCAAAUGGCAUCUUCCUCUUACUUUUCUAACAAUCAUAACCAUAAUCUGAAAAAAAAAAAGUGGGGUGGGGGGGGGGUUACAACUGAAACGGAACAAGGCAUGCAUAAUGUAACGAACAUAAAGGAUACAACGUCCAUGUACCAUUUUGGUGUACAUUUCAUACAUUUGUAAUAUUGAGCUAUUGCGCUACUUUUUUUAAUAUCAAAAUAUAUAUUAAAGAAAAUCAAAUUGGGAUUUUUUUUUUCUCAGUGUGAGCAAGGCAAGGAGGGGGGGUGUUGGUCCUUUCCGUUUAUUGAUGCUGUCAUAAAAGUAAACAAAAACAUGAUUGAAUAGAAAUGCCGUGUAAAGAACAAAUGGACGCCGUUGUAUGGAAGGGG